CCUAGGUUUACACGUUCAAGAACCCGUACAGAAGUGUGUCCGUUUGUGAACAGUGGGUCGUCGUCCAGCUAACUUGACCCUUAAGUGUUCUCCUGGCAUGUUUGUGUUGCUGUGCGCUGGGAAGUACCCGGUGGCGUCCAUAUACUGACAGAAAUCAGGCUGCCGUAAAGCUCUCUGCACGUCGCUGAAAGAAGAAGGGACUAUGUCGGCAAAUAAAACAAAGAAAGUCAAAAUGGCUACUAAAUCCUGUCCUGAAUGCGACCAACAGAUUCCGGUGGCAUGCAAGUCCUGCCCAUGUGGUUAUGUGUUUAUUAGCAGGAAACUCCUAAAUGCAAAGUUAAAUGAGCGCUCUUCUCCAGCUAUAGCAGACAAGCUGGACUUCAGGCGGAGGAGGACUGAGCGCAUUCGCAGAGAGAGAAUUGAGUGUCCUCUAACCAAUGACAUGGAGAACAGGAGAAGACCCCGAGCUAACAGCCAAUCAGAUCCCAUACGGAGAGGAAGGGGUAGACCAAAAACAGUGGGGGUGAAGAAACAGGAAGAGGAGAGAGAGAAACAAGAGAAGGAAGUGGAUAUAUAUGCGAGUCUCUCUGAUGAGAAGGCCUUUGUGUUUUCUGUGGCCUUGGCUGAGAUCAACCGCAAGAUCCUGGGGCAGAGACUUAUCCUAUAGAUAAAAUCCAGGCUGAGAAACUGAGAAACCUCACACAGAGGAUGACCAAAGAGAGCAGAUCUGUCUGGAGCUGAACUUUGACCCGGCUAUAUUUCACCUGGAUUAGGGGAUGAGAUUCUUAAAACAGAGAAAUCGUAGCUGUUCAGCACCUUGAAUGUCGGAGAGAAACGAGGCUGGGUUUAUGUGUUGGAAUGACAGUUGUUAGAACAACGGAUCAGAGGAAUGUUCCACCUGCUUUCUACAGUGAAGAAAUCAAGGAGAGGACCUGAUUAUAGAAAUACUUUAUCAUAUUCAAAAUAAAUGAACUUUUAUCAAAUGAACCCCUUUAGUUUGUGUCACAUUAUUGGAAAGAUGUUUAUCUGUUAUAUAGCCAUGUUUCAUGUGAAUUUCACAAUGCCUACAAUGUGGAUGGACUAAAAACUGCAGUCAACUCAAGCUACUGCUCAAGUCUUAUGGAACGACACAGGAAGUCAAAUAUUUCUGAGGUUGGACUUUUAUUCAUUAACUCGUGUUCUUUUUGAUUGGUCAUCGUGGAAUGACUAUGUCCACAGUGAAGUGUGAAUGUCAGUAUAUUAUCAAAGAAGGUAUUUAAUGACUUUAUAAAAAUGUAUUACAGACAGUUUGGCCCAAACAUCUGAUGUGUAGUUGUGGCUCAGAUAUGCUUUGUGAUUGUAACUGCUACUGUACUUCCCUAUGUGCAGAAACACAAAAAAAUCCUCAGUUGAAACCAUAACAGCAGAGAUGGUGGCAGAAGCAGAACUUUGAGUGGAGAAAAUGUUUUUAAAAUGUUAUUUUGGCACAAAGUCAGCAGACUCUUAAAAAAAUAAAAAAAUAGAUUAAAAUGGUGAAUCUAUACAUGUGGUUUUUGUGUCCUGGAGUAAAGUGAAUUUG